GAAGAGCUACCAUAUAUAAUUGUCGACAAAUAGUUUCGUUUGUGGCGCAGCAAGUGCUUCUUGAGUGCUUCGCUUGGUGAAUGUUAUCAUUCAAAUUAGGUAAUAUUUAUCCAAUUUUCGGUUAGUGUAUCAUCAGCUAUCACGCUGUCGAAACGUGAAUAACCUGUUGAAUUUUAUUUGGAAGGUUGUCUGCUAGAAACUUAGCAAACAAUAGUCAAGCCGGUCAAGCCUUUCCCGGCACCAUUCGGAGACGAACUGAUCCAGCUCUGCUCAGAAUUGAGUACAUCCCUUCGGAGAAUCGCACACACCCGAGCGGCAAGGAUGACCUCGAUGGAGGUGGAGGCCGGCCCGUCGACCUCCGGCGCGGGCUCGGCGGCGGCGGAGGCGGCGCCGGGCCCCUCCAGCAGCGCCAUCAGCGGGGUGAUGGCCACGGGCAGCGCCAGCGUCACCGUUCAGCUGCACCCGCUGGUCAUCCUCAACAUCUCCGAGCACUGGACGCGCAUCCGCGCACAGGAGGACUCGCCGCGCCAGGUGCUCGGCGCCAUCAUCGGACAGCAGAAGGGACGCAACGUCGAGAUCAUGAACUCGUACGAGCUAGUGUUUGACGAGGUGGACGGUCAGAUCGUCAUCGAUGUCGAGUACUACAAGCUGAAGGAGUCGCAGUUCAAGCAGGUGUUCGAGCACAUGGACAUGCUGGGCUGGUACACGACCGGCGGCGCACCCAACGCCUCGGACAUCAGCGUGCACAAGCAGAUCUGCCAGCUGAACGAGAGCGCGCUGCUGCUGAAGCUGAACCCGCAGUCCAUCAGCAGCGAGCUGCCCAUCACGGUGCUCGAGUCGGUGAUGGACCUGGUGGACGGCGAGGCACAGAUGCUGCUGCUCGAGACCGGCUACACCCUCGCCACCGAGGAGGCCGAGCGUAUCGGUGUGGACCACGUGGCGCGCGUCUCCGCCGGAGAGACGGACGACAAGUCCAAGGUGGCUGAGAGCCUGGUGCCGCAGCACUUUGCGCUGCAGAUGCUGCGCAGUCGUGUGCGCCUCAUCGUGCGCUACAUCGAGGCGAUGCAGGCGGGCGAGGUGCCGGUCAACUACGACAUCCUUCGCGAGGCGUACAGCAUCAGCCACCGGCUGCCGGUGCUGCAGUCGGCGCCCGUGGUGCAGGAUCUCUUCACCCAGAUGAACGACGUCACGCUCAUGACGUACCUGGGAGCGCUCACCAAGGUCUGCUACCGAACCAUGCAGUACAUGAACAAGUUCAACACGCUCUAUGACAAGCAGAGCAUCGGGCGACGUAUGCGCGGCAUGUACUACUGAGAUUCUGUGCUGUAGGACUGAACCGUUUGACAAGUGCUGGGCGCAGUGCCGGGUUCCAUCCAGCGAGGUGGGGUCUGCCCGCGGGUGAGCGGUAGCGUCAGGUCGAUGGUACGUACAUUGGCAGUGAGAGAGCUGGACUGUACACUGUACAGUAACCUGUGACCCAUGAGUUGGGUGAACUCUAUGGUGUGUUCACUGAUGCCGCUAAGCAGCAAACCAACUUUGACCGUCUAAUAGACCUGGGAACUGCCGUUCGCUACGCUACGACUGUGCUGUGGCUGUACGAAAACAGGACUGUUUAAGGAUAUCAUGCGUUUAUAGGACAGUGUUGGCAGUUCCUGACGCAUUCGACUGGUGGCGAUGUCAAGCUCUGAUGUCAAGGUUAUUGUCGAAUCUGCCUCAGUAACGCUGUUAUGUGUAAAAGCGUCCCAUAUGACAUGGGUUGAGCAAGAAGUGCGGGGAUGCUGACCUUUUAUGUCUUUGUUUGGUGUUAUUUUUGUACUGGUCUGGAGGCUAGGUGUAUAUGAUAGAAUGUGCUGUGUUUGUGUUUACAUCCACCAAUAUUUGAAAAUUGCCUUCCGUCUUAUAAAUGGAAAAGUAAAUUAUAGUCGCUGAUCCUGUAAAAUAGGCAGUUUUCCUUCAUUGAACCCAAGCAUCUUUGCUCCCACGGGUGGGCUGUUGUCCUUUCAAAUGAUUCAUGCGGCCCUGAUUUUGAUUAUUUGAACUCCAUGCUGAAAUACACUUUUUGAAUUCAUGAA